GACCCGUCCGACCAGCCCGGCUGUUUCUCUCACAUGCGUGUGCGUCUCUCCUCUCAGUCUCAUUCUUUCACUGAAACCACUGUCACAGCGCGUGGGCACACAGCAGAGCGCGGAGUGGACAGGGGGACGCAGACUUACAGCGCGCACUGACACGGCCUCACAAUGAGAGCCUGACACUCACUGAAGACAGGAGUCAAGCUUUUGUGGAAUUAAUUCGCAUAAUGGACGAGGAGAACUCUCUGGACUUCAAGGCCCUGAGGGCCAAGUUCCAGGAAGAAGAACUGCUCCUGAAGCAGCCCCUCAAACCCAAACCUGCUCUCCCAGAAAAACCCAAAGUGGUGCCUCCACCUCAUAGCCUCCCUCACUACAUGCCCGCAGGAGCACGGCCUUCUCUGCUCACCUCCAUCAACCACAGUCUGGAGGGAAAGACCCCCAUCGCCCCUCGGGUGAUUUUUAAGGAUGAGAAGAAGGAGAGCAAGAAGCCUCUUCUGCCGUCCAACUCCAAACCCAAGGACUCUAAGAUCAAAGUGGGCAAAGACAAGAGCAAAGGGGGCAGAGAGCGCCUGUAUGACGAGGAUGACCCACCACAGAAGCCCAAAAAAGAGAGUAAAGAGAAGAAGAAGGAGACCACAGCAGAGUUGGUUCCAGCCACGCCCCCUCCCAAAAACACUACACUCAAGAAGAAGGGCUUUCUUGGCUUCAAGAAGGCCAAAAAAGAGUCCGGGGAGAUCAUGGAUGACCCAAUCCUCGAUAGUGCCACUUCUGAGAUCUCUGGACCGGUCCCUCUGAUCCCAAUGCCACAGGACUCCAGCUCGCCCCCUGAGAACAGGACUCUGGUGCCAGAGCUCCCAAAUUUACCUACCUCCAGUCCUGCAGCAGUGACACUUCCUCUCACCAUCCCCACCUCUCCAGACUUCACCACUCCUCCAGCCUUUUUCCCCGACAUACCAAUAGUUUCUGCCUCCCCCACCCUGGAGAAUGAAACCACAGCAUUCACAAAACCUCUCAGUGUCCCCUGUCUUCCCAAUGAGAAUGAGGUACUCCCCAGUAUGACCCCUCCCCUCAUUAUCCCAGAGCCCGAUGUGUCUGUGCUGGCCCCUGCACAGUCCACACCUCCUCCAGAACCUGAGUCUCCCGUAGAGCUGUUAAACCUGGACUCUUUAGAAAUCCCCCCUCCGAUCGUGGAUGUGGAGGCUCCAUCAGUCUCUCUUCAAGCAGAGGGCCCUCUGUCUGCGCUGUCUGCCCUAUCCGCUCUGGAGAGGGCUGAGGAGAUGAGCACGGGCAAAAGGACCUCACCAGCCGACCAAAGGAUUUUCAGCGCCCUGGAGAAGGCCCGCCGGAUGGCACAUAAUCAUCAAAAAACAGCCUCUCCUCUGGUGGUAACCCCUCCUCCAGAGGAGCACCCUGAGGUGCAUGAUGAGCCAACACUGUUUGAACUCCCCCCUAUUGACUAUGAAGACAAGAUGGGCAAAGGCCUCCCUUCAAAGCCAGAGGUCAAUGGAGUGGACCACCAGUCGUCAUUGGUGUUGGACGGCACUGCAGAGGAGGAGAUCCCAGAGCAGCCCCAAAUGCGCCCCCCUCCUCCCCCCAAGAUACUCAUGCCUGAGCCUGAGCCCCUUUCCCUUUCUCCCCCAAAACCUGCCCACCCCCCCUCGGUGGACCUCAGUGCCUUCAUCCCUCCACCCCCUCUGGAUGACAGUGCCGUGGAGAUCCCUGCCCCUGUGGAGUUUUUAGAGACAGACACAGACGUCGGCGCACACACGGACGUCCCCGAGUUUGAAGCCAUGACUCCAGAGGCCCACUCCCCAGACCUGCGUGUGUCUGACUGGGGCAGCGGGGACAACAACAGCUCAGAAUCUCCAGACGGGUGUCACCUCCCAGUGCUCAUCCCAAAUGGAACCUUACCUACAGCAGAAGUCGAGGCCACCACUCCAAUGAUUGAUACACUAGAUUCCCUCAACAACCGGGACUCUCUGAUACUAACGCCAGGGAGCCAGAGUGACAACAAUGCCUACGAGCCUACAGAUAAUGUCUAUGAAGAUGUGUCUUCAGCCAAAAAGAAAGGGAAAAGUGAUGGCAAGAAGCGCAAGGGACCGCCUAAGAAUCCUUAUGUGGAGACACCGGAAAUGACUGAAGAGAAAACUAAGACUGGCAGGUUUGGCAAGAUCGACAAGAAAGCUGUGGCGGCUUUGGAGGGCCCGGAUGAGAAAGAACUGAAGAAAAAAGAGAAACAGAGGUUGGAGAAAGAGAAAAAGGAGUUGAAGGAAAGACAGGAGCGAGAGAAGAAGGAGCAGAAGGAGAGAGAGAAGAGAGAGAAUGAGAUGAAGAAGAAAUUCAAAAUCACGGGACAGGAGGAUGCCAUGUAUCAGGCCACAGUGACAGUAACCUCAAAGGGGCGAAAACAGGACCUCCCAGUGAAGAGUGGAGACACCAUCAGUAUCAUCAGGACCACCAACUGUCCUAAGGGGAAGUGGCUGGCCCGGGACAGCAGUAACAACUAUGGUUACGUGGCUUUGAACCAUGUUGACCUAGACAUAAAGGAGAUGAUGGAGCUGGGAAAGAAGGCAGCAGUGUCCCGUAUAAACAACACCAAUGUUGAGCAGGAGGGGACCCGCACUGGCAGCAGGGUUUCAAACCAUUAUCCAAAUGAGAGCUUCUCAGAUGACAGUGAAGAAUGGACUUGUGAUGACGACGAGCCACUUUCUCCUACUGAAAAUGUAAUUCCAGAGUUGCCCGUAGUCCAUAGUAGAAGGCAUUCUUUGCCAGACACAGGCAACACAGGAAGUGAAGAGGUCAAUGUAAAACACCAGCACAGUCACAGUGAUCUUGUAGAAGGCUCCCAUUUACAAGCCAGACAUGAAGCACUUGCAAAGCUAGCCACAUUUUUCCACCCUCCUAAACCUACAGAGCCCAUUGCCAGCCCUGUUGAACCAGCCACAACUCCUGAAGUAAUCAUGAAAGAAGAGCCCUUGCCUGAGUCUAGCCCAGAGGAGCUGGAACUUGACAUUCCUAUACUCCCUCCUCCAGAUCAGUAUGCUGACUUUUUGGAGGAGUGAGCCCCACAAACACUGAACUAAACGUUUGAAUAAUGGUGACGCUUCUGAGGAGCCGUGUCAAAAUAUACUGUGACCAUGACUUUGGCCUGACGACUGGCGAAACUGCACUGGUGAAUGGCAUUUUGUUCACACUCAAAUACACCAACCAAUCCAAAUUUUUAAAAGGAACACUGAAAAACAAGCUUCAACCAGCUACUCACAUUUACCUGGAUACCCUUUAGCCACUGGCUGCCCAGAAGUCAUAUUUGUGUUCAUAUUUUUUGUAUUUUUGUACUUUAGUCACAUGGGGUAUCUUCUUUGCGCCAUUGGACAUUCAUUUAUGACAUUUUUGUUACAUUAACUGUGUCAUAUAUUUAAAAUCUACAUAGUAAGAUUAUAUCAGUAAUAUUUUCCCUCUAUGUACCUCUUGGUGUUUGCUUGCUUUACGCCUUUUAUGUCUUCUAUGCACAAAAAGUAUUUAUGGAAAAAACUACCUUCUUUCUAACUAGGAACAUCUGCACACAUAUUGUAUUGGCAGUAAAAAGUUAUUGAAGAAAUGACACAAGUAACAGUUUUACUUUCAAAUGUUUUAUUAUUUUUGAUAAAUACUCAUUAAAGUGCAAAUUAUAACAACAACACAGUAUCAUGCAGUGCAUAAGAAGAGAAAUCCAAAUCCCACUCAGACAGUAACAGCUUUGGACUCAUCCCAACUCACACACACACAACAGAGAGUUACAUUUAAAGACAGACAAAUCUUCACUUUGGUACAAGAGGGUUUGUGGCACUCUGAUACGACACACAUGUCACUCGGUGUUGCAUAUUAUGUUGUUAUAUUUAUACAGUACAACAGGGAUGAACACUGGUGAGUUUAUGUUACCCUCACAUUUCCAAGCAGUACCUUUUGAUAUUUCACAUUACAUUUAGGACUUGUGUGUGCUCAGUAUGAAUAAACUGGUGUCUUAUCCAAAUUUGCUAUUUAAAGGGCCCAUGUUAUGUAAUUUUCUUGUGUGUAUUAUAAUGCACUUUCCUCGUUGUAUUUUUAUUUCAUUCACAUCUUUAACACACAGAUCUUUUAACAGAAAACACUCUUUUAAAACUCCAUACUCCUUCACUAGAAUCAUUUGGGUGAUUUCAGCUUUAUUGCCUAUCUCUGUUAAACUAAAGGUAAACAACCACUUCAUGACAUCACAAGGUGGAACAGAGCAUUUUGAGCUUUGGAGAUUUAGACAGACUAAUAAAGCAGGAUUACUCAAACAUGUGUGAAUGAAACAAAACACAACUCCAGGUCUGUUUUUGAUCAUUCUAACAUGGAUUUAACAUCACAACUGUCAAUUUUGUGCAAUAUAGGAUCUGUAAAUAUUUCAUGAAUGGCUGGAAUUAGUUGCAACUGUCAUAGUGUGCAACUAUGAACUUUCCCUGAACUUUUU